AUGUUUUUUAUCGUUGUUACUGUCAUCCACUUGCGAACUCAGCUCACAAGACAUCCGUUCACAGAAUUCACUCAUUUGGCGGUGGGUUUGGCGCCACCGACCAUGCGCUUUUUUCGGGAAUAUACCAGAUUGCGGUUUCAGAAGCCCACACAGUUCAUGCGUCUGUGCCCACGACGUAGACAUGUUACGCAAAUCUGUGACACUUUUAAUUUGCUUCGCCCAUUGGGAAUUCCCUCUAACCACGAAGAAUGCAUAGCAACAUCGCUCCAAGCAGAACUACUUCUUGACAAGAUUCUCUACAUCUCCUAA